AUGGCCGAGCUCCAAGAGGCUCUGAUGUUUUUCUCAAGGGAGAUCUCCCUUCUGGCCGCCGAGGCGACGGUCGGCCCAGACCAGCCAGACCGCCAGACGACGCUGUGCAGCACCGUCUCGGACCCGCAGAAGCUCACCAGAUCCUUCAAGCUCUUGCAGGAGCCCGUCUGGCGAAAGGGAUCGCUGAGUAAGCAGGCUGUGCUCGAGAUGGCUUCGAAGCUUGAAAAUCAAGCUCCCCAGGCGCGGCCCUCUGCCCCGAGCGCCGCCCUCUCGAAAUGGUCGGUGUUCUCCGGAGGCGGACUUCACGUCUCCGUGUUGCUUCUGAGUGUCGCCUCCUUCCUGGCGGGCCUCCUGCUGGCGGGUGAUCAGCAGGCCCUGCAAUUGGUGUUCGCAGCCCUUUCAGCAGUCAGCAAGCUCUCCAAGAUGGCGGACGAGCAGGAGCUACUUCGCGCGGCACAGGAGCUCUCCCAGUUUGCGGGACACCUCAAGCCAACUCCCCCUCUCUUCGGGAGCGGGAGCGGAGCCCCGACAGUUCCGGAAUCUCCCCUUCAGUCGACGGCAGCGUCGCAAGCCGAAGAGCCGGCGACCACGGACAUGGACACCUCGGCGAGGGACAAGAGAGCGGAGACGGACGCGCAGGAACUCGAAAAGGAGGAGCCACCCUCCAAAUGGCAAAAGGCAACGGGCAAAGGAGAGGGCAGCAAGGAGCAAGCCCCGGAACCUCCGGCAACGGACCGCCCUCGUCGAAGUCCUCAGCGAGGCCAGGCAAGUCAGCCAAGCAAUCCCAAGCCCUACUUCAGACGGGACUGGGGUCAUACUUCCCGGUACGGCGACCACCCUUGGUGGAUGCAGGACAGCGAGCACGACAACAAGAAGGAGAAGGAGCUCCGAGAGCUCAUGAAGGAGCUCGUGAGGCUUGUGCUCCGCCAGGCGGACACAAUAGCCUACCUGCAGAUGGACCUGGGCUUCAUGGUCUUCUUGAAGACAACCAUGCAGCCCCAGAUGCCGGAGGGCGAAGCGGACACGGCCUCCACGGGGCAAUGGGCCAUAGUCCAGAACCUGUUUCAAGCAGCCGAAGCGUGGCACGACAAGAAGCAGAACGAUCCGGGCAGCCUGAAUGCCACCCUCCGCACCACUCUCAUGUAUUGUCUGGUGGGAACUCUCCUGGAGAGAGUGGAGGCCUUGGAAGACAAGCCCCAAGACGUCCUGAGGCUCGAGAAGCUUGGACUGGUAGAGGAAGGCAAGUUUCUCUAUCUUCGCUGGAACCAGACAACGAAGAAACACGAGAAGUCCGAGCAGGAGCACAUGCCGAUUGCCCAAGCCAAAGCCUAUUUGGCACAGAUCAAGCAGAACUUGAUCUUUCCAAAGGUCAUAUUGAGGUUUCAUGCUCUGCGGCGCCUGACCUCCAACAUGACCUCCGACAUCGUCCCCUUCACCCUCGAGAUCCACAACAGGUGCCAGGAGAGCCAAACCACGUACUUGGCUCUGGAAAGGCUGAGCUUCAACUCAGUAUGGCACCUAAUCGGAGGGACAGUCCGACCAGCCAAACUUGGCCGUGGCCCACUGGAGCGUUCCGUAGAGGACGCAGCCAAGAGGCUAUGA